AUGUCCAGCUCCGAAACAUUGUGGGACUUCAAGUUGACCAUAUACCGGGAGGGCGUACCCGUCUUACAUGCCACCGGUACCAUUGCCAUCCACGAGUCAGCCGCUGCCGAAGCCAUCGAACCGCGCAUCCGGCUAUCCGAGGCAGAACUGGAGUCAUCGGCCAAGCAAAUCUGGUAUCAGCGAUUUGGGAAGGGUGGGCUCAACUACGGACCCCUCUUCCAAUCGGUCAACGAGAUCUGGGUUCUGCGCUCCUCGGCGGACAAAGUUGUCUUGGGCAUGGUUCGGUUGGAGCAGAAGUCGGCGGUCGAUGGGUCUGCGCCGGCGAGGUAUCUCUUCCACCCCAUUACCUUGGAGGUCAUGGUCCAGGCGGGCAUCUUGGCCACGGAGUCGCGUCUGCAGACCUACACGGCCUCGACGAACCAAGGCGCCAGGGGUCUGGCACGUUACCCGACGUUGCGUGUCGUCUGGAAACCGGACGUGCAGGGACCUGAGCUUCUGCGCGAAGCGGAUCUAACCAAAUACCUCAAUCACUUCCUCGCCGAGGCCCAUUCCCCAGUCGGCAAGGACGAUGGUCUCAUCAAGCUGGGUGCCGCCAUCAGUCUCAUCAGCCACCGAAACACGCGCUUGUCCAUCAUUCUGGAGCUGGCGGCCGUCUUGGCUCUCGUCCCAUAA